CCCCCGAUGAAGACGACCACCUGCUCUCGCCCACUAAAGGCAUCUGCCCCAAGCAGGAGAACAUUGCAGGUAUGGAAUGUGGCACUCGCCUGGCCGCUGCCGAAGCCACCUCCUGGGUCCCACGCCCGCCUUCCCUCCUCGCUGUGUCAGGGCGCUCGCCCUCUGUCUGAGGGCAUUGGUGCAGGGAGGGCCCGGGGCUACCAGGACGGCCUCUGGGCCACCAGCCAGAGCUCGCCCUUUCCGAGGGCCCACCAUCCAGGCGACCCUCAGGAGGAGACAGGCCUGGGGCUCAGGGAGGCCCUACUGGCCGACGGCUGCUUUGCUUUUGGCAAUGGGGCUCUGUUGUGGGGCCUAUUGCAUAGGUGGCCAGGAGUACAGAACGGAAAUUCGGAAGUCCAGAUGGCCCUCGCUUUGCUGGGGUUCUUGGCUUAGUCUCUGGCUUUAGAGCUAGAGGGUCUGGGGUUGGAAUCUAUUCUUCACGACUUGGACAGGUCAGUUUCCCCAUCUGUGAAAUGGAGCUGAUGAAACCCGUUUCAUUCAGGUUGUCGUGAGGCUUAAGGAGGUGUUGUGUGUGGGCAGUACCUGGUGGGCACUCAUGAACCGGAGCACUCAUUCUCUCCCCUCCUCUCUCUGGCCUCAGUUUCCUGUCUGGAAAGAGAGGGGUUAGGUCUUCUGAUCUCAGAGGCCCCUCUGACGCUGCCUGAUCCUACUUUAGGUCUGGGGAAGGGCUUGUGAGAACUUGCUGGAGUACGGUGCCCCUUGGGGGAGGCUGGACAUGUCCUUUGGCACGUCCACUCGGCCGGCCACCUGGACAGCUGGUUUUUACCACUUGUAAAACAGGCAUGGGGCUCACAUCCUCCAGCCGGGUCUGCUUGCUACAGUGAGUUUGCAUCAAGUCCCUCUCUCCAGGCCAUGGCCAUGGCAUGCCGGAGCCUUCUCCAGGGAGCCCGUGCUCUGUGCAACCAGAGUGUUUGCUUCUGGUUCGUACUUCUGAACCCAAGAGGCCUGAGGGGAAAGGCGGGCCCUGGCUGGCCUGUGUUCUCUAGAAGGGACAGCCUGUCCUGCAGCAAGACAGGCAUCAGAGUGCAUGCAGGUGAGGGUUUGAAUCCUGUCAGUUGGCUUUGGACAAGCCACUACACGGGUCCAAGUCUCAGUUUCCCCAUCUUUCAAGAGGCAGUGAUAAUACUGGCAGGCCUGGCAUGAGGAUUCAACGAGCAGGGCCUCCAUAAACGCUUUGCCAGUGGAACUUUCCUCUCGGGGGUCCCUUCUGGCGUCACAGGGUACAAGUAGGUGGCUGGCUGGGAAAAUGUGCGUAUCCCUCUCCACCGUGUUUUGGUCGUGGAAGCUAGCAGGGAUGCUGGAGGGACUGAGGCUUUGGGUGCUCCUUGGAAGGUGAGCCUGGUAUAGUCAGGGCACCCCACUUCCGCAGUGAGACGGAUGGGCGUGGGCAGAGACUCCCCAUCACCCAGGAGGCAGUCAGGGUAAUGCGGCAAGCCUGGCUGCUCUGUGGCAGCCAGGUGGCAGCUCUGUGACCUUGGGCCUCACUUUACUCGUCUGUAAAAUGGGAUAAAUGAGAUCUCUCUCUUGUAGAGAGACUGGUGGCAAGCAGAUUCCUGCAGGCACAUGCUAGGCCCUGGGGAACCAGACUGGCCUGCGGGCCUUGCCCCUGCUGUGUGUCCUAGCAUGAAGUCUCUCACAUUCCUGAGAUGCCGAGGGCAUUGAGAAAAAUGUCCGGCACAUCUAGGCCACAGUGAUGUACACUCUGGCUUCUUGGAGUGCCGGGCAGAUCUGAGUGGCAUUUCCUUGGGUAGGGCUGGACGUCAGGUGAGAAAGGUGCUGGGUCCCUUGUGUGUGUGUGGUUGGGGUCUCCACCCUUCCUUUUCUUCGCCUGAUGCUCGAGGGAUGGUUUUCACUGGCGGUAUAAACGCCUAGCAUCAGUGUACACAGACCUUUCAGGGGUGGCUUGUGCUCAUGAGAUGUGGGCCCCUAUUUAUGUUCCAAUGGAAAAGCUUUCUGCUUUCACCCAAAACCCAUCCGAAUCCUCAUUUCACGUCAAAGGUCUUUCCCAAUGAGAGGCUGCGGAUCAUGGUGGGUAGGUUUGUUUAAAAAAGCGACUAAAUAUGAUUUCAUAAAAGGCAAAGUUAAUCUCCAAGACAGCUCUGUCCUCAUCCUUCCUCCCCCCGGCCCCCCUCUUUUUGGGUUGUAAUACUGCGGCAGCCUACAGUAUUUUUAUUUUAUGUGUGACGAAAGAUAUUUUUGGCUUUUUCUGUUCAGCAACAGGACGAAUGGAUUUCUUCAUUCUCGAAGAAAUAUGUAAAAUAAUCCCUUAGAAGUCUAAAGAGAUAUGUUUGGUCAAAGCAUUUAAAAUGUUAUUUUAAUCAAAGGCACAAAACAGUCUCCAUGCUGUGUCAGCUGAAGACGAUCAUUCCAUUUUCACAGCACAUCCUGCUCUGUCCUUCCUGGUCCCUCUUUUCUCUUUUUCCGCCCGACUUUGGCGCCAACUUUUCUUUUUUUUUUUCAUUUAAUAAAAAGGGAAGAUUAAAGAAUAAAACUUCAGUGGCUCAAAUGUAUAAAGUAAUUUAAUAUGGUGGGAGCAUUAAUUAUUUUAGCUUAAUUGAAUUCUGAGGACUGCAGUGGUUGCAUUUCUGUAGACAAGCCCUGUUUAUUAUUUCUCUGUGUAGAUUAACAGUAAAGGAAACACAGAUAACUUUCAGUUAUUUAUUGUAAAAUAAAUGUGUCAAUUCACGUGUAAAACAAGCUGCUCAAAGAUAAUUGAGUCUUUAUAUUUUAAGAGGGGGACGAGGAAUCACAGGCGUGUCCCCGCCUGGGCUUCCGGAAAUCCGCACAGCUGCUGCCCAGGCCACGGACACUGCUGGCCUCGAGGGCCCAGGCCUCUCCUGUUCCUGCGAGGGGCUGCUCCAGCUUUUCUAUGCCCUGCUGCUGUCCCCAGGGCUGGCCCUGGUCCGUAGCUGGCGAGCAGGUGGCUGGUAAUUCUUGGGACUUUGCCUCUGGCUUGGUGACCGGGGUGAGGUGGCUGCAGUGGCCAUGAGGGUCCAGCCUUUCUGGAACCAGCAAUCUGUGUGUUGUCCUCCGGGCUGCCAGGUGCUUCUAGAGGUGAGGCUCCAAAGAUGGAUGGGCAGGGUUGGCCUGUAAAUAUGUGGGAUCCCUUCUACCCUUAAGGGCGUCCCCCUGGUGAGCACGGAGUUGGAAUUCUAUUAGUCAUAGCACCAAGGUUGGACCCUGGAUCGCCCUUCCCUUGGGACAGUAAUUUUAGAGACGGACAUAAAAGGAGUAGUUACUAUUCCUUCUUUUUUUAAUGAUAGAGAAGUAGGAGAGUAGAAGGAGGAAGUUUCUGAAGCUUUGUCUCCUGGAGGGCAUUCAUUCAUUCAUUCAUUCAUCAGCAACUGAACGCCUAUCGCCCUUCCCCUGCCCUGGGCAUCCCCAUCGGGCCUUCGAGGUGACAGAGGCCCCAGGGGCGGGAGGAUGGCCCUCAGGGCUGCUGCUCUGUCCUGCACUGGGGACACGGCCAGAGAGUGAGCAGGGUGCAGCCUUGCGCUUGAUGUGUGCGGUGAGGUCCGGGCCCUGCUCCCUGAGCGUCUGCUGUGGGCAGAGGAGGGCCGUGGAGCUUGUGUCCGAAGCCCAUCUGGGGACAGAGCGGUGGAGUGGGUCAGAGAUAGGAGCUUUGGUCUGGAGAUCUGACUGAGGGGCAGGCAUCUGCCUCUGAUAUACGUCCACCUAUAUAGGAGUUCGUCACAUUUCUUAAGAUCCCUUCCUACUGCAUCCUCCCUGGCCCCGUGGAGGGUCCUGAUGGAGCUCGGGGACCAUCCAUCACGAGACAGGAGCAGUAAACCUUGAGAGGAGAGAUGAGAGGCGUUUCAGGGUUUGUCAAGAGCACGAGUUGUUGAGCUGUUAUCUGGGCGUCUUGAGGAGCAAGGGGGCUUAGGGGUGUCUGGGGUUUGCGGCCUGCCCUGGGGAGGCCACGUGCUGCUGUGGGAAAGGACCCAGCCCAAGUCUGCACCCCGCCCUGCUGCCUGCCAGCCUCGGGCAGCGUGACUUGCCUUCUGAGCUGCAGUUUCCUCGUGUGGGGGACCUGACGACUCUUGUGAUCUUUAAGUGACAAGUGCCUGGUGCACGUGCUCCAGAUCUGAGCGCCUCCCCUCUCCCUCCUGGGCACUUGGCUUUCCCUGGCUCCGUCAUCUCCUGGUGAUGGAGGUGUGGACGGAGGUCUCCCUGGAAUUGGGGAAGACUUCCAGUGGGUUCUGAGAAUCCCGCCAUCAGAAACAAUGACAGAAUGACUGUCAUGCGUACCCCCAUCUUUGGUCACAUUCCUGUCAUAUGGUGACAGUUCUGAUGGCAAGUCCCCCUGGGGAGGGGUCUGGGGGGUCGAAGGAGCACGGGCUUUGGCGUCAGGUGGCCGGGGUUGAAUUCCACUGCCCACUCAGGCAAAUCAUUUCACUUUUCUGGGCCUCACUUUCCUCGUCAGCACCUACUUUUCAGCAUUACGCUGAGUUUUAAAGCAUCCUCCUGGCACAGGGUCCCGUCCGAGGUGGACGGCUGAGAAGCAGAAGCUUCUGGAAAGCCAGGGUCGGGAGUGCGUGGACCCCGCUCGGCAGCACAAGGUGCUAGCCUUUCUCAGUGAAAAUCUUGAAGAGUGAUCGUGGGUCUCUCUCUCAGCUGUUUCCUCCUUAGAAUCCCCGUUUUCUAGCCACUGGAGGGAAGGCCCUUGAUCACAGGUAAUUCGUUUUUGUGUGUUAUCGCCCCUUCCAUAACCAAAUGAAGUUAUAACGGGAGGAAUGAGCCAUCAGCUGUCAGUCAGAAGCUUGCCUUUUGCCUUUUCUUCCUCCUCCCCCCAAACCCUGAAUGUCAGUUUUUGGGAGAAAUGUGGGAGACAGGAAGCGGGUGACAGGAGGUGGCAGGUCCCCUUGGGCUCGGAGGUGGCAGGCAGUUCCCUGCUGAGAGGGCCCCGCCCGCUCCACACGUCUGCAUCUGGAACCCGGAAGGGCCAGGGAUGCUCCUGGGGGUGGGGGUGGGUGUCCCGUAGCAAGCAGGGCACAGACAGGGGUUUGGUUUUGGCCCCAGGGACCCAUUGCUGGGCAAAAUGCAUUGGAGAAAAGGGCUUCUGAUCAGUCGGAGGAUUUACAUGCUGUUCUGACUUUAAAAAAUAAAUAAAAUAAAUGUGAAAAAAAAGACUAUUAGCUUGGCCGUUGGGAGAAACGAAAUAACUUGCUUGUGCUGGAAACUGGAGAUAAACUCCCUUUGCAGGUUGUCUUAAAAAACUUGCAUUUGAUAUAUUUAGAGUUGUUAUUUUCCCUCCAAAUUAAGAUUAGUUAAAUCCAUGUGUGUUGUGGCAUGGAUUAUCUUUUUUUAUUAUUAAAUCGUGACAGCUAAUUAUGAGUUCUGUCUGCACCGAGGAAUAGUGGAGUGUUCUGUCUGAGCGACAUGGCUCUGGGCUCAGGCUGGGGUGUGGGGCGUUGCAGAGCUGACCCCAGGCUUGGGCAGGGCUGGCGGGUAGAGGAGAAGAAGAGAGCCCCCUUGGUAACCUGCACUGUGCUAGGUGCUUUUCUUGGGUUAUCUCACCUUGAAAUAGAUAUCAACCUUGAAACAGAUCCUCUAACCCCACUUUGAAAUAGGUAUUUCUAAUCCCACUUUGAGCUGGGGCUCAGAGAGGUUGAGAGACUUGCCCAAGGUCACACAGCAUAGUGGAGUCAGACCUUGGUCUGCCUGGCUUCCUCAGACAGCAUAAUGUAUGGAGGCUUUUAGAGGAAGGCAUUCUAUCUCUGCGUGGCCGGCAGAGCCAUUGGUGGUAGGCACUGCCUCUAGACCCCAUCCAAAGUGGUCUUUGAAGCCAGUCCCAGGUGUGACCCUUGCUGAUAUGGCCAGGAGCCUGAGGCCCCCAGAGACCUUGACUUUCAGUCUAUGGCAUCCUCAUAUAGUUGCCUCUACUUCCUGGUGAAGGUUUUGGAGAGGUGGGUGGCAGGAAAAAAAGCAAUAAAACGUAAAUUCAGACAGACCUGGGCUGGAAUUUUGGUUUUGCCAGUGGCUUGUGUGACUUUCAGCCAGAUGUCCACCUCUCCAAAUUUCGGUUUCCUGUAAAAUAGAGGUAAUCUUUCUGUCUUAUCUUUCAGGCUUGGUAUAAGGUUUGAUUUAGACAAUAUGCAUAUGCUAGGUCACUGUGGAUUGUGAGCUGUUGUUAAUAAUAGAGAGCCCCCCGUGGUACCCAAAGGGGGUUCUGGCCUCCUGGCCUGAGCUGGAAGGAUCUGGUUGCCCACCCUCCCAUUCUUCCCUGUUAAGGGACUUGUCUGAGCUUAUGUAACUGGUGGCUGACUGGCAGGGCAGAGUCCAGACCCCAAUUACCUUGAGUCAGGACGGGGGACCCUUUGCCACAUGAGGCUGCCCGGCUCUGUGGCUUGAGUCAGGACGGGGGACCCUUUGCCACAUGAGGCUGCCCGGCUCUGUGGCUUGAGUCAGGACGGGGGACCCUUUGCCACAUCAGGCUGCCCGGCCCUGUGGCUUGAGGCAAGCCGUUCCCCCUUGUCAAGUCCCGGUCUCCUCACCUGCAACUGGGGGUGAGCAAGUCCUGUCCUGCCCCCUCCCAGGGAGGCGGGAGGUGCUGUGUGAACUGCCGGACCACAGCAAGAGGGUCGGUGGCCACACGAUGUGACUGUGGCAUUGAGCCGUGGUCGACAACUUUACCGAAUUAGAAAAAAGACAAAAAAUACCGGUCAGCUAAAGGAUAAUAAUGGUUUUUCCUUUUUAAGUUUGGGGCCUUAUUCUCUGUGAUUUAUAUAGGUGCUUCCAUGCUUCCAGCAUCGAUUCAGGAAAGAGGAAGGAAAGGACGACGGGAGGAGUGAGAGGGAAGGGCACUGGGCUCCGGAGCAGAGAACUUAACCCUCAUUCAGCCUCAGUUAUUAUUAUUAUUAUUAGGUUUUUUAUUUGGCAGUAAAUAGUUAGCAGUUGACUGAAGUUUUUUAUUAGGCACUUGACAGCUUUUUUUUUGCUAAUUUUCAUGCCUGACUGAUGCAUAAGCACCAGCUCCAGGACCUGUUAGGAGUGGGCUCCGUGUCAGCAAGCUAUAUAAAUAAGGCAGGCUGCUGUCUCCCCUGUGCCCUUGGGUUCAUCUUUUCACUGGGGACACAAAAAGAUGGAGUUUUUUGUAUUUGGAUUUUUACUUUAACACAUACUUAUUAGAGCUUACUAUAUGCCUAUCACUGUUUGAAGGGUUUUACAAAUAUUAACUGAUUUAAUCCUCCUAACAACCUCAGGAGGUAGGUGCUAGUCUCAACCCCACUUUACAGAAGAGGAAACUGAAGCACAGAGACGUUAAGUCACUUGCCCAAGGUCACACAGCGGGUGAGUAGGGGUCCAGAGUGUAAACUCCGGCAGGCAGUCAGGCUCUUUCCUGUGGCGAGGCGGUGCUGCCUGUGGUCGUAUUUCAUCCUACGUUCCCAUCCACUGUCUCCACCCCACGAAGGCAGUAUAUCAGAUAUUACUUUCAUUUUGUAGAUGAGCAAACCAAGUCAUAGAGAGGUUAAGUGCCUUGCACAGUCACUCUGCGAUCAGCGGCACGGUUGUGCCUAGAAACCAGGCUCCUGACUUCCAGCCAGUGACCUUCACAGGGUGGCAUUGGGUCUUCAUUGGGUCAUCUCCAGGAAGCCCAGGUCCCAUGGGAUCGUGGGGUUCAGUGGCUGGCACCGGCCCCUUCUGCUCCUAGCAGGCGAUGAGUGAUUUCCAGUCCGAGGGUGAAGCUCCGUGAUGGGACUGGGGACUAGUGUGGGGUGAAUGAAUCAGGACAGUGGGCCUCCCCCGUCCUACCCACAUCUAUAGAUUGCAUGUCGACCGCCGUCUGUGCAAAACUCGUCUUGUUAGAAGCUGGCUCACUCAGUUGGGUAGGAAGAGGCAGGUGGGCCUACUGGAUGCAGGGUGGUGGACUCUGGCCCAAGACCUGGGGUGGCAUCCUUGCCCUGUGGCUGCCAUGCUGUGUGACCUUGGGCAGACCCUCCCCCUCUCUGGGCCUGAGCCUCCUAAGCUGAAAUAAGAGAGGGAGCUACCAGUGGUUUCUAACAGCUCCAAGAUCCUGGUGGGGGGUCGGGGUGUUGACUCCAGCUUUCCACCUAAAUCCCCUUGCCAUCCAGGGGCCCUGACUUUUCCCAGUUGUUACAUCUUGGGCUUAGGAAGUAAAUUUUCUUUGAAGAAAUUGGUGGCUGAAAAUGAAAACUGUGUGUCCUGAAGGAUAAACAGGGUCUUUCUGUGCUCCAGGCUGUAAAGAUCCUUCUGGGAGGGUCUGGUGCACUCGCUGUGAGGCCCACCAAGUUUUGGUUCAGUGCCCCUCGAGUGGCCAGGCCUUUUCCAGGCCCUGUCCCUAAUGUUGUAGAUGUGGUUUGGUAUUUGUCUUUUGUUAAGACGGCCCCCCGAGUUGUAUAAACCUCAGGCCCCACGGAAUCUGGACCCCUCCUCGCCUAGGCACUGCUAGAUGGCGGCCAGUGACCUAAGCGGGCAGGGGUGUAGGCCUUGCCUGAAAUGAGCCCAGAUGGUGGGACUUGGAGGCCCCCAGGUGGACCCGGGGAAGCGGGGGCCUCUCUGCAGAAGGCAAGGCUCCAUAGGCUUCGUUGUGUUUUGUUUUUAAGUGGGUUUCCUUGGCUCCUCCUGCUGGUCUGCUGGUUUUGGUCUGGAGGGCCCCUUGACGAGGGACAGGUCUGGGAAAGCGGCAGCCUGCUGCUGCUCAGACAGCAUGGAAACUAGGACCCCAGGUUCCUUGGGGUGGAAAAAGAGCAACAAAAUGGCCUUUCGUUGGAGGUGAGAAGUCAACCUCCCACUCCUGGUGUGGAGAGGAGAAGGCGGCUAUUCAGAUGCAGCGCCAAGGGCAGUGUCCGCCCUCCAAGCCCGGGACAGCCAGCUAGUUCUCCAAGCCCAGGCAGGGUUUGUCAGGGCUGUUGACGGCCCAGGGGCUGAAUACCUGGCAGCUUCCAUGUCCUGCAGGUUGCAGGUGUGGACACAGCCUUAAAGGCAGGCAGAUAAACCCAGACUCAAAGGUGCAAACGGGUGUGUGGGUCAGCGCCCACCCAUGAUGAACCCGCAUGCGCAGAACCCUGGGCCCCGGCAGCCCCAGUGCCUGGACCGUGAUGGAUGUACAACCUAGGAGUGUCCAGAAAACACAUCCCCUUUCCUCACUUCGGUAGCAAAGGGAUCAUUGAAAGUAGUAGAGGAAGCACUGGCUUUGUUUCAAAGGCUUUUUGGGGCAGAACAUGCCUUCUGGAGAGUGUAGCCCCCCAACUGUGUUCUAGGGGUCCUCCCGUGGGGCUGGGGGCCAGGGACUGCCUGUCCUGGGCUCAGCAUAUGACAGCAACGGUCUAGGGUUUUCCCCUGCGUUAAGGGGAAAACAGGACAAACCUUUGAUGACCUCGUCCCACCCCAGCAACUGGCUAAAAUGGUUGAGGUCGGUAGACCCCACAAAACUUAAGUUCUCCGAGGGAGCGGGAGUGGAUUCUUUCCUCUUCCACCGCGAGUUCAAAGCCAGCCAAUUAAGAAACCUAAACAGUGUGGUCUUCUUCCUCAUCGCUGACAUCAUUGGCUUGUAAAACUUUCCCUGCAAACAGGCGAAUUUAUUCGCUGGGAAAAAGAAGUGUGUAAUUUUCCUGACCUGGCCUUUGAUUUGGAGAGAAGGGGAAAGAGAGAGUACUCAUUUCCAGAAACAGACGGGGCCCAAGACAGCAAACAAGGUCCACAUUGCGCUGUCGAGGCCGUGCUGUACCGUGCGCGGCAACCCGGGACACCGAAAACGGCGGGCUGUGGGGACGCGGAGGCUCGGAGAGCGCUCCGGGGCCUGGGUCGUCGGCGCGUUUUAAGACCAUGUGGGCGGGUUGGGGAGAUGGACAUCAAAAUCUUCCCAUCUCAGUGACUGAAGCUCUUCUCCCGCUCGCAAGAAGCCAGGCGCCACCUGGCUCGCCACUAAUGCAACUUCCCGUGUGCCCCGACGGUUGCAACUUGCAAGACUCGUCUGGCCCCUUCUUGGGAUCUCCAGCGACCCCUCCUCCCGCCUGGCCCCCUCCCCUCCCCGCGACGGUGCCCACCUCCAGCAGAUCAUCCCCUCCCCCCAUGGGAGGGGGCAGGGACUGAGCUCCUCCUGGCACGCCGGCGGGGACUUCAGGCUCCGCCCCCUGGGGGCUCCAAGGUUGGGGUCCAUUAGUCUCCCCUCACUGCCAAGCCUAGGCACACAAUGGCCUUUUUUGAGGCGGGUGGUGCAGAGCUCGGCGGGGGCGCGGAGGCGGCAAGCACCUCCAGGCCCCGCACGGUUAACGGCGUAGACACUCUGGCAACUUCGUGAUUGCGCCGGGGGCCUCCCCUGAGGGCCGUGCAGGCCUGCCCAGCUGCCAGCGAUGGCCCCCAUAGCUGCCUCCUCCUCCCACCCUCACGCAUCCGUGAUUACUUCACCUCUGCGCGCCCUGGGCGCUCUGCCGCCCUGCCUCCCCCUGCCGUGCUGCAGCGCGCGCCCUGUCUCGGGUGACGGGACUCAGGGUGAGGGUCAGACGGAGGCUCCCUUUGGAUGCCAGUGUCAGUUGUCAGGUAAAGAUGAGCCUUCCAGCUACAUUUGCACAACAUGCAAGCAGCCCUUCAACAGCGCGUGGUUCCUGCUGCAGCACGCGCAGAACACGCACGGCUUCCGCAUCUACCUGGAGCCCGGGCCGGCCAGCAGCUCGCUCACGCCGCGGCUCACCAUCCCACCGCCGCUCGGGCCCGAGGCCGUGGCCCAGUCCCCGCUCAUGAAUUUCCUUGGCGACAGCAACCCCUUCAACCUGCUGCGCAUGACGGGCCCCAUCCUGCGAGACCACCCGGGCUUCGGCGAGGGCCGCCUGCCCGGCACGCCGCCCCUCUUCAGCCCGCCGCCGCGCCACCACCUGGACCCGCACCGCCUCAGUGCCGAGGAGAUGGGGCUCGUCGCCCAGCACCCCAGUGCCUUUGACCGAGUCAUGCGCCUGAACCCCAUGGCCAUCGACUCGCCCGCCAUGGACUUCUCGCGGCGGCUCCGCGAGCUGGCGGGCAACAGCUCCACACCGCCGCCCGUGUCGCCGGGCCGCGGGAACCCUAUGCACCGGCUCCUGAACCCCUUCCAGCCCAGCCCCAAGUCCCCGUUCCUGAGCACGCCGCCGCUGCCGCCCAUGCCCCCCGGCGGCACGCCGCCGCCGCAGCCGCCCGCCAAGAGCAAGUCGUGCGAGUUCUGCGGCAAGACCUUCAAGUUCCAGAGCAAUCUCAUCGUGCACCGGCGCAGCCACACGGGCGAGAAGCCCUACAAGUGCCAGCUGUGCGACCACGCGUGCUCGCAGGCCAGCAAGCUCAAGCGCCACAUGAAGACGCACAUGCACAAGGCCGGCUCGCUGGCCGGCCGCUCCGACGACGGCCUCUCGGCCGCCAGCUCCCCGGAGCCCGGCACCAGCGAGCUGGCCGGCGAGGGCCUCAAGGCGGCCGACGGCGACUUCCGCCACCACGAGAGCGACCCGUCGCUGGGCCACGAGCCCGAGGAGGAGGACGAGGAGGAGGAGGAGGAGGAGGAGGAGCUGCUGCUGGAGAACGAGAGCCGGCCCGAGUCGAGCUUCAGCAUGGACUCGGAGCUCAGCCGCAACCGUGAGAACGGCGGCGGCGGGGUGCCCGGGGUCCCGGGCGCGGGCGGCGGCGUGGGCGGCGCGGCCAAGGCGCUGGCCGACGAGAAGGCGCUGGUGCUGGGCAAGGUGAUGGAGAACGUGGGCCUGGGCGCGCUGCCGCAGUACGGCGAGCUGCUGGCCGACAAGCAGAAGCGCGGCGCCUUCCUGAAGCGCGCGGCGGGCGGCGGCGACGCGGGCGACGACGACGACGCGGGCGGCUGCGGGGACGCGGGCCCGGGCGGCGCGGUCAACGGGCGCGGCGGGGGCUUCGCGCCGGGCGCCGACCCCUUCCCGGGCCUCUUCCCGCGCAAGCCGGCGCCGCUGCCCAGCCCCGGGCUCAACAGCGCGGCCAAGCGCAUCAAGGUGGAGAAGGACCUGGAGCUGCCGCCCGCCGCGCUCAUCCCGUCCGAGAACGUGUACUCGCAGUGGCUCGUGGGCUACGCGGCGUCGCGGCACUUCAUGAAGGACCCCUUCCUGGGCUUCACGGACGCGCGCCAGUCGCCCUUCGCCACGUCGUCCGAGCACUCGUCCGAGAACGGCAGCCUGCGCUUCUCCACGCCGCCCGGGGACCUGCUGGACGGCGGCCUGUCGGGCCGCAGUGGCACGGCCAGCGGCGGCAGCACGCCGCACCUGGGCGGCCCGGGGCCCGGGCGGCCGAGCUCCAAGGAGGGCCGCCGCAGCGACACGUGCGAGUACUGCGGCAAGGUGUUCAAGAACUGCAGCAACCUCACGGUGCACCGGCGGAGCCACACCGGCGAGCGGCCUUACAAGUGCGAGCUGUGCAACUACGCGUGCGCGCAGAGCAGCAAGCUCACGCGCCACAUGAAGACGCACGGGCAGAUCGGCAAGGAGGUGUACCGCUGCGACAUCUGCCAGAUGCCCUUCAGCGUCUACAGCACCCUGGAGAAACACAUGAAAAAGUGGCACGGCGAGCACUUGCUGACUAACGACGUCAAAAUCGAGCAGGCCGAGAGGAGCUAAGCGCGCGCGCGCGGGCCCGGGCACCCCGCACCUGUACAGUGGAACCGUUGCCAACCGAGAGAAUGCUGACCUGACACUUGCCUCCGUGUCACCGCCACUUAGCACCCCGCGGGUCCCCGGGGCCCAGGGGAGGCAGCGCUCCAACCUAACCUGUGUCUGCGAAGUCCUAUGGAAACCCGAGGGUUGAUUAAGGCAGUCAAAAUUGUGGAGCCUUUUAACUGUGCAAUAAUUUCUGUAUUUAUUGGGUUUUGUAUUUUUUUUUUUUGGCAUGUGCAGGUACUUUUUAUUAUUAUUCUUUCUGUUUAAAUUCCUUUAAAAGAUUUUGUUGGGUAUCCAUCCCUUCUUCAGUUGUGUUUUUUUUUUUUUUAAACCCAGUAGUAACCUGAGCAAUGACUCCUGAGCAAUGUAGAGGGGAAGCAUAUCUUUUAAAUUAUAAUUUGGGGGGGAGGGCGCUGCUUUUUUGAAAUUUAAGCUAAGCAUGUGUAAUUUCUUGUGAAGAAGCCAACACUUAAAUGACUUUUAAAGUUGUUUACUUUUUUAUUCCUUUUUUUUUUUGGUCCUGAGAUAAAAAGUGGCAUGCGUGUUUUUUUUUUUGUGGGGGGGUGUACAGCGGAUAACAAUCUUUAAAGUUGUAGCACUUUGUUUCAGAAUUGGAAUGGAGAUGUAGCACUGACAUGUCCUGAGUAACAGAGGCCUUUUCUGUGUUAACUUCAACCUUUACAUUAUAUAAGGGAAACUUGGAGUGGUGGGGGAGAGGCUCCCCGAAAACUCAGCACUGCCAGAGAACUAGGAGCCUUUGAGAGCUGCCCUGGGACAUGGCCCAAGAGCAUUCUAAAAUUGUACAUUACCAGCAGAAACUGUCCUUUCCUUGGAAUGUUGGUGUGCCCUGCAGUGCCAUCUUUGUUUGGCAUUUGCUGUAGAUUAGGCUAAAUAAAAUGGGCUGAGGGUACUUUUUUUUGGGUAGAUGGUGGUGGCCUGCAGUGACACAGAGAGGAAGAAACCAGCGGUGUUCUUUGGGCUUCUUCUGGCUUGACGGCUUCUCUCUCUCUCUUUGUUGCCCCCACCACAAAAAUCCCUGGUCACAUGUUGCUACUAGUGAUAAUUGAUCAUGUCUAAAGCAGACAAGUGCCCUGAUGGAGAAGGGAGAGAAGUUACUGAUCUCUCCUUUAAUGCACACUGAUGACAUUGUACGGACGGGGGGAAAAAUCUUGCAAAUUUCUGUUCCCUUUUACUGGAAAAGCAGGGAAAGAGUUCCAUCCGAAGGUGCCCAGCGCUACUUCCCAAUUUUUUUUCUAUCCCAUUAGGUUGGAAGGUACUAAACAUUGGACUGUUAAGAUUAGACUUUUGAAUUCUGUUGACCCGCACUUUAAAGCUUUUGUUUGCAUUUAAAUUAAAUGGCUUCUAAACAAGAAAUUGCAGCAUAUUCUUCUCUUUGGCCCAGAGGUGGGUUAAACUGUAAGGGACGGCUGAGAUUGAGUGUCAGUGUUGCUAAGCGUGGCAUUCACAAUACUGGCACUAUAAAGAACAAAAUAAAAUAAUAAUUUAUUGGACAGUUUUUCUACUGCCAUUCAAUUUGAUCUGAGUGCCUUGAAAACUGAUCUUCCUAUUUGAGUCUCUUGAGACAAAUGCAAAACUUUUUUUUUUGACAUGAAAAGACUUUUUUAAAAAGUAAAACAAGAAAAGUACAGUCUUUAGAAACAAACAAAGCCACAUUUACUUUAAAUAAAUUUUAAAAAAUUCUGGUUGAAGAUAGAGGACAUGGAAAUGCCAUAAGACCCAAUUAAAUGAAGAAAUAAACCCAGCACAACCUUGGACAUCCAUUAGCUGAAUUAUCCUCAGCCCCUUUUGUUUGUGGGACAACGCUGCUUAGAUAUGGAGUGGAGGUGAUUUACUGCUGAAUUAAAACUCAAGUGACACAAGUUACAAGUUGAUAUCGUUGAAUGAAAAACAAAACAAAAACGAUUCAGGAACAACGGCUAAUUUUUUCUAAAGUUAAAUUUAGUGCACUCUGUCUUAAAAAUACGUUUACAGUAUUGGAUACAUACAAGGGUAAAAAAAAUUGUGUGUAUGUGUGUUGGAGCGAUCAUUUUUUUUCAAAGUUUGCUUAAUAGGUUAUAAAAAAAUGCCACAGUGGCUGCGUGUAUAUUGUUUUCUUUUGGUGAUGGGGUUUUAGUAUAUAUUAUAUAUAUUAAAAUUUCUUGAUUACUGUAAAAGUGGACCAGUAUUUGUAAUAAUCAAGAAUGCCUGGGCAUUUUACAAAACAAGAAAAAAAAACCCUUUUCUUUUCCUUGAAAAUGUUGCAGUAAAAUUUAAAUGGUGGGUCUAUAAAUUUGUUCUUGUCACAGUAACUGUAAAGUCGGAGUUUUAGUAAAUUUUUUUCUGCCUUGGGUGUUGAAUUUUUAUUUCAAAAAAAAAUGUAUAGAAACUUGUAUUUGGGGAUUAAAAGGGGAUUGCUACACCAUGUAGAAAAAGUAUGUAGAAAAAAAGUGCUUAAUAUUGUUAUUGCUUUGCAGAAAAAAAAAAUCACAUUUCUGACCUGUACUUAUUUUUCUCUUCCCACCUCCCUCUGGAAUGGAUAUAUUGGUUGGUUAAUAUGAUGUAGGCACUUGCUGUAUUUUUACUGAAGCUUGUAAUUUUUUAACUGUAAGCUUGUCCUUUUAAAGGGAUUUAAUGUACCUUUUUGUUAGUGAAUUUGGAAAUAAAAAGAAAAAAAAAACAAAAACAAACAGGCUGCCAUAAUAUAUUUUUUUAAUUUGGCAGGAUAAAAUAUUGCAAAAAAAAAAAAUUUGUAUGUUAAGUCCUAUUGUACAGGAGAAAAAAAAAAGGUUGUUUGACAACCUUUGGGGAAAAGAAACAAAAGGAAGUAGUUAAAUGCUUUGGUUCACAAAUCAUUUUAGUUGUAUAUAUUUUUGUCGGAAUUGGCCUCUACAAAGGACCGUUGGAGGAGGGCUUCAUUCCGAACGCCCCGAACCUUGCAUCAAGGCUCCCUGGUAUGGCCACAACAGACCAGAUGGGAAAUUCUUUUAUUCGUGUUGAGUGGAAGAAUUAGUUUUUGUAACAAUGUCAGUAACAUUUCAGAGUCCUCCCUUUCUCUAAGAGGCCAUCUGUAAGAUGUCAGGUGUGGAGGAGAGAGAGGGAGAGAGCAUCUUCCUCCUCUACUGUCGCCACCUCUCCCGCCCUUAAGAGCAGAGAGAAAUGCAAACCGAGCUUUCUUUAGUCCUUGAGAAAACAUUAAACAAACAAAAAAUGUCAUAAAAGGAGCUGGCCUGUCAGCUAGGCACAGGUGACGCGAUCUUCUACUGAGACCGGCGAAAAUCGGAUGUCAGGAAGGAGUCCCCAUCACAACCACGACCUUUCAUUCCAUGGAGAGUGUUGGCCUCUUGUCUUUCUUACCUGCUUUGCUGCCUUUCUCUCCAAAACCUACAUUCCGUCAGUUUCCGAAUGCCUAGGGCCUGGGAUGAAUUCGGUGCCUUUCCAUAUCUCUUUCUCUCUCCUUCCUCUGCAUUUCCCCUCUGUCCUCCAGCUUCUGUCCAUCCUUUAUUUGUUUUCAUUUUUAUUUCUUUCUCCCUCUCUGUCCCUCCGCUCCUCUUCCUUUUUUUUUUUUUUUGUAAAGCCAAGUAGCUUUAAGAUAAUAAAGUGGUGGUUUUUUGGAUGAGGGAAUAAUACAUUUUUAAAAAAUACCUAUAUCAGGAAGCCAUUUUUUAUUUCAGGAACUAUAAGAAACCAUUAUUUCAGGUUAUGAAAGUAUAACCAAGCAUCCUUUUGGGCAAUUCUUGACCAAAUGCAGGAAUCUUGAUUCUGGGAGCUUUUCUGUUGAACACGCUCUUUCCUCCUUGCCACUUGUCUUUGCAAAGUGAAAAGAAAGAGGGAGGGAGUGGGAGAUUAAGCUGAGAUGUCAGUUGUCUACCUGCUUGAUCUGAAGACCCAGGGCUGCCCUGUUAAGGUACUUGAGAGCCUCCAAGGUGGUCCUCCUGUAGUUACAACAGCAAGCCAGCUCUCACCAGCUUCCGCAAAGUCACCAGAAUGCCAGGACUAAGCCAUCCUAAAGCACAAAGAUUGUGUCUCUGCCGACUGCAGAGAAAAGAGAAUUUUGCUUCUCUUUCAUGUUUAAAAAGCCAACACUGAAGCAGAUGACCCAGUGAGAGAGGCUCCCGCGCAUGGGUGACCCCGCCGACCUCAGGCCGGUUUCCACACUGCCACAACUUUGUUCAAAGUUGCUCCAAAUUGGAACCUGCCACUUGCCAUUAGAGGGUCUUUCAUGGGGAGAGGAGGAGGCUGAAUUACUCUAAGCAAAAUGUGAAAAGGAAGUCAGCCUUUCAUCCUGGUCCUAAGUGACAGUCAGUCGAAGGUUCUGUUGAACACAGGCAAAUCCGAGAUUUUGGUGCUCUUUGUAUCUUAGCCCUGCAAAGCAAAGUUACAUUGAUUUAAGUUGUUUGCAUUUGUACUGGCAAGGAGAAAUAUUUUUAUUACCUUUUCUAUUACUUAUUGUAUGAGCUUUUGUUGUUUACUUGGAGGUUCUGUCUUUUACUACAAGUUUGGAACUAUUUAUUAUUGCUUGGUAUUUGUGCUCCGUUUAAAAAACGGGCACUUUUUUUUUUUUAUUGUGGAUAAAAUGUUGAGAUGACAGGAGGUCAUUUCAAUAUGGCUUAGUAAAAUAUUUAUUGUUCCUUUUAUUCUCUGUACAAGAUUUUGGGCCUCUUUUUUCCCUUAAUGUCACAAUGUUGAGUUCAGCAUGUGUCUGCCAUUUCAUUUGUACGCUUGUUCAAAACCAAGUUUGUUCUGGUUUCAAGUUAUAAAAAUAAAUUGGACAUUUAACUUGA